GAAAUACAAGCGAGUUUGUGAAAGGUCGCACCGCUUGUGUGCUUGGUGGAAUUUUCUGGAAAACUGUUUUCACAUGUUUGUACCCGUUUGUGCAUUAUUUUAAAUGGAGCUGUUAAUUUGUUACAACAAGGGUUGUGGAUCUAAAUACGACCCUUUGAAUAAUUCCGAUGAUGCCUGCCUGUAUCAUCCUGGGGGACCCGUGUUCCAUGAUGCUCUCAAAGGCUGGUCUUGCUGCAAGAAGAGAAGUACAGACUUCACAGAGUUUCUCAACUUCCCGGGCUGUACCAGAGGUGCCCACAGCCAUGUGAAGCCUCCUGAACCAGAGAAGCCAGCAAAACCUGCCAUUGAUAUACCAGACACACCGAUGGAGGAUGAUGCCCCGCGGAUGAUGAAGCAGAAGGUGGAGGUGGGUGAGGUGGAGCGGCCCCCAGUGGACGAGCCUCUCUCACGCCUCCGGGUCACCGUGACCCCCUCCCUGGAGAAGGCCCUCGAGAAGGCACUCCAGAGUAUGAACAUCACCUCUACUGAGUCAGGGAUCUCCAACGGUGACAGCAAUCAAUUGAAGAUGGGUACACCAUGUACAAAUACUGGCUGUAAAGGGACAUACCAGUCUGCUGUGAGCAAUGAAGAGACCUGCAACUACCAUCCUGGACAGGCCAUCUUCCAUGAAGGCAUGAAGUACUGGUCCUGUUGCCAAAGGAAGACAUCUGACUUUACCAUCUUCCUGGAUCAGGAGGGCUGUCAGCAGGGACAACAUGUCUGGACCAAGAAGGAGACGACAGACACACAAAAAAGCUGCCGCCUUGACUGGUUUCAGACUGGACCAAACACAAACAUCUCUGUGUUUGCCAAGCUAGCUGUACCAGACCGUACAUAUGUAGAGGUCAACCGUAUUGUCUGCAACAUACACAUUGUCUUUGAUGGAGGCAAAAGUGUUUUUAAACAAUCCAUUAUACUAAGAAAUGCUAUUGUUCCUGAUCAGAGUGAGGUGCAGUUGCUGGGAACCAAGGUGGAAGUGAUACUGAGGAAAGCCGAGGCGUUCAGCUGGCCCUCCCUAGAGUACAGGGAACCAGCCAACCUCAGCUGACCACGGUCUGGCCCUCCCUCGAGUACAGAGAACCAGCCAACACCAGCAAACCAGGGAGAGGAAUAUGGGGUGGGAUGUGGGGUAUUGUGAUCAAACAGUCUAACACAAAUUCCAUGUCUCAUAUUUAUAUUCCAUUAUUUAACCUAUAACAUGUGCAUCAAAGACAAAAUGUGUUUGAAUAGUGUUUUGACUACUGCUUUUGUCAGGCAUGGUUUUCUUUGUAGGUCAUUGAUAUUGACAUGAUCAAUAGCUAUACAUUUGUUAUAUCAAAACUGAAACACAUCAGUCUGUUUUAAAACUGAUGUUUGUUAAAUUUCUAUGUUACUUCACGAUUUAAGUUGUACAUGCAUGUUUGCCUUUUGACCAGUUUGUGUUCUUGUGUAUGAAUCAUCACCAUUAACCAUUUCCAUAUCAUGUGUUAUGUAUGUGUUACAAUGAUAUUGAUGUGUUAAAACAUUGAUUAUGUGAUAUUUUACCUCGUGUACUCCUCUGUCAUUUCAAAUGUUUUGCAGUACUUGCACAUUUUUCUACUGUACCGUUUAACAGAGGCAUAUUGUUUUCUAACUUUCUGUCAGUAUGUGAGCAGGUUUUGCAUUUUGCUUUCUAACACAACCAGGAAGGAAUCAAUCUAACUUUGGAGUUAUGGUCCUUGGAGUUUUUAAAAUUUGGCUCUUUAAUAAUAAACCCUUUCUAACUCAACAAUGUUUUCAACUAAUUAUUUCUAACUCAACCAUGUUUUCAACUGAUUGUUUCCCAAGUGUUGAAAACCAUCAUUAUAAGAUGUGUAAUACACGUGGCCUUACCUCAAAGGUCAAGGUCAGGCUUUGAGUUCAAAUGUCCAAAUUAGGCAGAAAACAGUUUGUCCGGGCUUUAACUUUGUCAUCUAUCAUGCUAUUGAAAAAAACAACUUAAACCCUGUGACCACCAUGGUAAGAAAUCAAAGAUCUAAUUGGCCAUUUAUCAGUUUGUGCGGUUUGUAACUUUUUAACGUGCAGUUUUACAAUAGCUUAUGUAUAGUAUGUAUCAUGUAUCUCAAAAUUGCACAUCAAAACUCAGGCAAAUUGUAAGCUUGGGCACUUGCAAGACAAAAGGCUUUAUAAAAAUGCGGAAUCCUAAAGGAGAUGAAACAUGAGAUUUGUUUGUUAGAAACACAAUGCCCCCUAUUGCACCGCUUUGAAGCCAUAUAUUUGGCCUUUGACCUUGACCUUUCACCACUCAAAAUGUGCAGCUCAAUGAGAUACACAUGCAUGAUAAAUAUCAAGUUGCUAUCUUCAAUAAUGCAAAGUUGUUGCAAAACUUUAACCAAGGUUAAAGUAUUGGGACACACAAUGAAUGAAUGACAGACAGGCCAAAAACAGUAUGCCCCGAUCUUUCGAUCCGGGGGCAUAAAAAACUGUAAAUACAAAAGGUCUUCAAAAGCUUGUGAAACUCAUGACUGAAUAGAGCAGUGUGUGAACAUUUGAAACAAAUCAAAGAAUGCCAUGUUAACCCAAGACACAAUAAAACAGAGUUUAAUGUAAACAUCUAAUACUAGUACAUUUUUAAUUCGGAAAAAAAAAACAUGUUAAAAAAAUGCUUGUAUGUUGCUUUACACAUGUCUGUCAGUAAGUCUGUAGUUACCUGAUCGGUCUGUUGGUCUGUAGACUUAGUUUCUGCGCCAUAUCGAAUGAACCGUUGGAUCUACAACCCUGAAUAUUGGUUUCAUGGUUUCUUGGGAGAGAAGGAUUUUCAGGUCAAAGGUCAAGGUCACAGGGGCUUGUAACAAGGGGUAUUUUUAUGUCCCCCACUAUAGUAGUGGGGGACAUAUUGUUUUUGCACUGUCUGUUGGUCUGUCUGUUUGCGCCAACUUUAACAUUUUGCAAUAACUUUUGCUAUAUUGAAGAUAGCAACUUCAUAUUUGGCAUGCAUGUGUAUCUCAUGACGCUGCACAUUUUGAGUGGUGAAAGGUCAAGGUCAUCCUUCAAGGUCAGAGGUCAAAUAUAUGUGGCCAAAAUCGCUCAUUUUAUGAAUACUUUUGCAAUAUUGAAGAUAGCAACUUGAUAUCUGGCAUGCAUGUGUAUCUCAUGGAGCUGCACAUUUUGAGUGGUGAAAGGUCAAGGUCAUCCUUCAAGGUCAGAGGUCAAAUAUAAGUGGCCCAAAUCGCUUAUUUUAUGAAUACUUUUGCAAUAUUGAAGAUAGCAACUUGAUAUUUGGCGUGCAUGUGUAUCUCAUGCAGCUGCACAUUUUGAGUGGUGAAAGGUCAAGGUCAAGGUCAUCCUUCACAAGGUCAAGGUCAUCCUUUAAGGUCAAACAUCAUAUAGGGGGACAUUGUGUUUCACAAACACAUCUUGUUUCGGAAAGUUUUUUUCCUGAAUGGUGUUUAUUCAAAGAUGGGGAUCAAUUUAUGGUCAUAUAAAUUUAUAUUUAAGUGAUUUAAUCAUAUUAAUUGCUAUGAUGGUCAGAAGGAUACAAACACGCCUGUUUAUUGUAAGGUUAACAGGUGUAAGAUCAAUGUAUAGAUAAGUAUGCUGGUUAGUCUUGAGGAAAGAUGACCUGGAAGAAUUUACCAAUCAAGAUGUCAAAAGUCAAGGUCACAGAACAAUUUCGCUGCAAGACAGGGGAGGGCAUAUGUUUUGCAAAAAUCUCCUGUUUACCUAUUUUAAUUUGUCUGUAUGUGUGCCAUAAAUAAAGAACAUAAUAUUUA